UUAAUUCAGGAAAAUCAAAUCAUCGUCUUCUUCCCUAAAUUCGAAAUCCCAUUCAAAACCCUAGAUGGACCUGCUGAAGGAAGAAAUCGCCAAGAAACGGCAGAGGCUCAAAGAAGACACCGGCGGCAAACGAUUCUUCAAGCGCUCCGAGAUCGAGCAGAAGCAAAUCCAGAAGCUUCGGGAGCAAGAGAAGCGCGAAUUAGAAGCCAAAGCCCAGCGCCAAGCCGCCGCCUCCAACACCGCCUCCGCAAACGACUCUUCCGCCGCUAAUUCGAAUUCCAAUUCCGCCGCAGCCUCUUCCUCCGCCAACGCAUCCUCCAAUGCCACCGCGUCGAAGUCUUUAACCGAUGAGCAGAACAUCGACAAUAUGAACCUUCCGAAACAGGAGGUCGUCCGCCGGCUCCGGUUCCUCAAGCAGCCGAUCACUCUCUUCGGCGAGGAUGAUGACGCCCGGCUCGACCGGCUUAAGUACGUGUUGAAGGCUGGUCUGUUCGAGGUCGACAGCGACAUGACGGAGGGGCAGACGAACGAUUUCCUUCGCGACAUUGCGGAGCUGAGGAAGCGGCAGAAGUCGGGGCUUGUGAGCAAGCGGCAGAAGACGGAGGUUGAUGGUGGCGUGGAAGAUGGUGAGGGCGGGGUCCGGGAAGACGAUUUGAGCGCAGAUGGGUGCUCGAGCGGCGUCGAUGCUGAUAAGGAUUUGAAGCGAAUGAAGACGAAUUUCGAGGAGCUGUGUGAUGAAGAUAAGAUCUUGGUGUUCUUCAAGAAGCUGUUGAAUGAAUGGAACCAGGAGCUGCGCGAGAUGCCGGAUGCGGAGAGGAGAACUGCUAAGGGGAAGUCCAUGGUUGCUACAUUCAAGCAAUGUGCCCGCUACUUGCAUCCUCUGUUCAAGUUCUGCAGGAAGAAGAUCCUUCAAGAUGAUAUUCGCAUAGCGUUGAUGGUGGUGGUUCGGUGCUGCAUGAAGCGAGACUACCUAGCUGCAAUGGAUCAGUACAUCAAGCUGGCUAUUGGGAACGCCCCGUGGCCAAUUGGUGUCACUAUGGUUGGUAUCCACGAACGUUCUGCCCGUGAGAAGAUUUACACCAACAGUGUGGCUCAUAUCAUGAAUGAUGAGACAACUCGGAAAUACUUGCAGUCAAUCAAGAGAUUGAUGACCUUUUGCCAACGACGCUACCCAGCCAUGCCUUCAAAAGCUGUGGAGUUCAACAGCUUGGCUAAUGGUAGCGACUUGCAGUCUCUGCUAGCAUCGGAGGAGAGGGCGGCCUCUAGCGGAAAUCAGGUUUUGGAGGAAAGGUUUCUGAUAAUGCCGGCUCCAUAGAAAAUCUAGUCAUGUAUAUAUUCGUGUGAAUUUUUUCAGUGCACAAUCAAACUGAAACUUUGUUAUGUAGUUAGCUCGCAUCUUUAAUUCAAUUGAAAUCGUUAAUCCAUAUUCAUCUGGAUUUAACA